ACAAAAUAUAGAAUGAAUUUUAAAGCUAAAAAAUAUGAACUUAUUUUAAAUAAAUAAUUUAUAAUUUAUAAUAUUUAUAAAAAUUAAUUUUAAAAAUAAUAUUAACAAGUUUCAAAUAAAAUCAAUAAAAUGGAAGGAAAUUUUUAGGCAACAUUACCAAUAAAAAAGUCAACCAUGGAAAAUUAAAAAAAAGGUAAAACUGGCGAUCAAAAAGAAACAUUUAAAGGUGAAAAUAUAGUGAAAAUUUUGGAUUCAACUUACUAAAAUAGAGGGAUUUUUCUACAAGAGUGUUUUUAAGGCUUCGAUGAUAAAGUAGAGGAUUUGAUGAGAGCAAUACUAAAAGUUUAAAGUGAUAUGUAGAAAUUGUUAGAAUAAAGCUUUAAAACAGAGUCAUAAGUAUCUUAAAAAAGUUCUUAAUUUAAAAAUAUGGUCGAACUUGUCUGCAUUGAUUUGAAAUUCAUAGCCUUGUAAGCAAAAAUAUUUGAAAACUAAAUGAAUGAGUAUUAAACGAGGUUAAAUAGCUGUAUUCAAAAUAACUUUGCAAAAGAAAAUAUUUAAACUGAAUAGCAUGAAAUUAGUUAUCUGAAUGAUAUAUAGAAAGCUAUUUUCGAUAAUUACUUUGACCCUUGCCCUCAAUAAAUUUAAGGUUCGAAUCCUGGAAGUGUUAAUAAUUGCUAAAAUAAUGAAGAAAAAUUUGAUGAUGAAAUACAUCUAAAUCUUAAAAAGUUGAGUUAGAUAAAUACUGAUUAAAUAUUUUAAGAGACUAUCACACCAAGUAGCAAUAUUAUAGUUCAGUAAAAUGAAUUUUAGACUAUCAAAUAAGCUAGAAUAAAAAAUGACUACUCAAAUUUAUUUGAAACACCUACAGAUUAAGGAGAUGCCGAAGAUGUUCGAGAUAAAAAUUUUAAAGAGGAAGAGGAAGAGAAGGAUGGUUAGUAAAAGAAUAUUAAUUCUAUUGAGUCAGAAAAGUUAAAAAGGUAAUUUAAGAAGAGGUAUACUGUUGAAUAAAAAAUAGAAAUUGUGAAAGAAAUUACAUCGAAAACAUUUUACCAGGAAAAAAAAAUAAUACCAAAGAACUUUUUGGCGAAGUAUUAAAUAUGCUACUAAACACUUCAAAACUGGAUUAAAAAAUAUUAUGAAAAGUAAAAUGAAUGA